AUGAGCAGAUCUCAACAAGAACAUUACAUGGAGCCAAUUCACUUUGGAUUGUCACCACCACCACUGACUACCACAAAUGCGAGGCCACCGAUAACCAGUGAUGCAGCUUGCACUGGCCCAGAUGAGGGCAAAAGCUUUGACCUCGAGAAUAUCUCAGGGGAUGAAGAGGAAUCGGGCAAUCCUCCUGCACCCACUGCUAUUGCACCACCACCAGCAAUCUCAAGCAGGCUAAAGGGUCCAACUGAUAUAUCUCACUUCUACCAGAUUGAUCCCGACACUAAGGUCAAAACUUGCAUCCCUUGUGUAUCACUACAUGAGAUUGACAAAACACACAAAGUCCAGGUAUACUCAGGCUCAACAGCCAGUUCAGCUCCUCAUAACCAUGCCUUCUUUCACCACACUGAACUUUAUCUGGAAGCAGUGGAGCGUUUUGGCUGGUGCAUAACAAUAAAAAAUCUAAGUGAACGCCUUGCUGAAGGCUGGACACUCACAACAAUUUGUGAAUGGCUCAAGAAAUCACCUUGCACAAUGCAAUCACUUAGCCCUCCUCCUAACCAGGGAUUUCAUGCCUCGCAGCUGGCAGGAACCAGCUCUCCAGAAGAUGUAAUCCCAGACUUCACACUUGACAAAAUGCAUUUCCAAAUUGUAAAGUUCAUUGUCGCCAAUGAUCAGGCAAUAAACAUGAUUGAGUGUCCCGAAUUUAGAUGCCUCAUCCGUCUCCUGCUGCCCAGGACUAGCCUAUUUCACUGCACGAAGGCCCGCAAAAUGGUCAUCGAGCAAUGGCAAGAAUACCUCAUGGCCUUGAAGAAAGACCUUUUGUCCUACAAAGUAUCUUAUUUCUUCUAG